UCAUUUGUAAACCCUAUCUGGUAUUUGUAAAGACAUUAGCUUGAGCAUGGACACAGUACGACAUUUCUGAAUCAAACUCACACCAGAGACGACGUCUGAUCCGCUACUCUGAUUUUUUACUUGGCUUAACCGGUAAAAAAUAAUUGGUGUUAAUUUAUAACUUGACGUGAAGAGACUUUACAUCAAUACGGAUUUAUAAAUGAUUGUGAAUGAACACUUGGAAAAAACCUGUUGAAAUGAAAUUUGACAUGGAUGGUUCAACUAUUGAAGGGCUUGCCCUAACACCGGACAACCAGAGCUUCUUACAGUCUCAUCUAAAACAGGAACAGAUGACCAACGACAAACUAAUCAAAGUUCAGGGAGAAAACGGCAACUGUUUGGACCCGUCAAUGAAAUGGUCAGCAAAGAGACAGUUGUCUGAUGAUGAAGAAGAUGACGACGACGAUGAAGAAAUUGAUAUUGAUGACAGCGGACGUUCCUUCAUGGAUACUUCGGCUUCCCCCGUAAUGUCGCCGGGAAAUUCAGAAAUUUUUGACCGAAGUGACGAAAAUCAUGUGGACAAUGACAGCGAUGAAAGUUCAAAGGAAAAUAAGAAACGAGAGAAAGGGAGCGUGGUUAAACCUCCGUAUUCUUACAUCGCUCUCAUCACCAUGUCAAUUCUCCAGUCUCCAAGAAAGCGACUUACACUUUCCGGGAUUUGUGACUUUAUCAAGAAUAGAUUCCCAUAUUAUCGGGAAAAGUUUCCAGCAUGGCAGAAUAGCAUUCGUCAUAAUUUGUCUUUGAAUGACUGUUUUCUGAAGAUACCUCGGGAACCAGGGAACCCUGGGAAGGGGAAUUAUUGGACCCUUGACCCGAGCAGUGAAGACAUGUUCGACAAUGGCAGUUUCUUGAGGAGGAGGAAAAGGUACAAACGGACGACGCCUGACGUCAUGCAACAGCCCACAGCUUUUAUGUCCGCGGGGGAUCCAUAUUUCCAUCACCAUAGUUUCCUGAACGCGCAUUACUCUCACCCCCAUCACCCCCAGGCCAUGGCAGGGACGGGUAUCCCUUACCCGUAUAUCUCACCCCUCAUGACGUCACACCUCUCCUUCUUCCCCCAGGGUGGGGAGUUGAGCACGAGACCGGCGUUACCACCUGCUUUGGCGCUGGGAUUCUCCGGCACGCUUCGGGAUUCUGCAAUUUCCAACCAUUUGGGCAGGGGUUUUAGUGCCCCAUCCCCACAAAGUGUGGCGUCCACGCCCAGUCCUGCGCUAUCCUCCACCUCCCCACCCAAGUCCGGGUUCUCCAUAGACAGUAUCAUGGGGAAUACAGACAGUAAAAAGUCAUCUUCAUCAUCACACUCAUCGCCGCCAUCAUCUUCCAGUGUGUCAUCAAUUUCAUCAUCUUUCCGACCGGCAGCAGGACUUUCGCUUUCCAGUGCAAUGUCCGGACUUCGACCUGGACUUUUGGACAUGGGGCGACCCACCACGAACUCUGCAUUUCUCGCACAACUACAAGCUUCUAUACCGAACUUAAACGCUCUCGAUAUCGAGAAAUACCGUCAGUAUAUUCAAGCUUGUGGUUUCACCAGCUGGCCUAGAUAGAAAUAAGGUAACAGAAGUUGUUACUUUGAAAGUAUUUCAUUUUCCGUCUUAUUAUUAUUAAUGUAACUUAAAUAUAGUUGUUAGUCAGUAUUCCUUUUAAUAUACCAAAGUAUGUUCAUAGUGAUAUUUAUAGCUGAUCUGUUUACCACGUGGAAGUGUUGUUGGGGGAGGGAAUCGUCCCGGUAGAGAGGCCGAACAUAUGUGAUACAGACAAUUUCAUAGAGGACAUGUUGUGUGGUGUUCCGGACCCCGUGGGGAGGGUGAACGCAAACUUAACCCCCGCAAACUCUUAUAGUGCCAUUUUAAUGAAUGAACCAGGUGCUGAAAUAUGGAUGAGAAGAUUUGAGAAACAUUUUAAAUUAUCGUGCUGAAAUAUCCAUUUCCUAGGACACCGUGGAAAUAGUUCAGGAACAUUAAUGUUACCGUGCUGAAAUAUGAUCUGACCAUUUUCCGUGCUUUAACAAAACUGUUGUCGGUGAAAUAUUGAUGUGGACGAUGUACAUUCAUCAAAGACAGUUCGUUAAUUACAAAAAGUGUUAUGUUGUCAUUCUAAAGUUGUUGUUGAACGAUUGUACCGACUGUGUAUGUAAGUUAUUUUACAGUUUAUUGUCGAAAUAUUAAUGAAUAUGAUUGAUAAAAAAACCCAUUGUCUUAUCGUUUUGUUUAAUACUGAAUUUUACAAGCAUCGAUUGCAUGUCUCGGGGAAUAGUACUUGUAUAACAUUUAUUCAAGUUCUCGGCUACAAAUGAAUUGCAUAUUUUUAGAAUAAUGAUAA